AUGGGCAAAGCUUCAAGAGAUAAGAGGGAUAUUUAUUACCGGAAAGCAAAAGAAGAAGGUUGGCGUGCUCGAAGUGCCUUUAAACUCCUUCAGAUAGAUGAAGAAUUCAAUAUUUUUGAAGGGGUAAAACGUGUUGUAGAUUUAUGUGCUGCACCAGGUAGCUGGAGUCAGGUUUUGAGUCGUAAACUGUACCUUCCAGCAAAGCUUGCACCUGAUGCAAAGGAUGAAAAUCUUCCUCUUAUUGUAGCUAUUGAUUUGCAGCCAAUGGCACCAAUUGAAGGUGUUAUCCAGGUGCAGGGUGAUAUAACUAAUGCUCGGACUGCUGAAGUGGUCAUCAGACAUUUUGAUGGUUGCAAGGCCAACUUGGUUGUGUGUGAUGGUGCUCCUGAUGUUACUGGGCUUCAUGAUAUGGAUGAAUUUGUUCAAUCCCAACUCAUACUUGCUGGGUUGACAAUUGUUACUCAUGUACUGAAGGAAGGAGGGAAAUUUAUUGCAAAGAUAUUUAGAGGAAAGGACACAAGCCUUCUAUACUGUCAGCUAAAAUUAUUUUUUCCGGUGGUGACUUUCGCAAAACCAAAAAGCAGCCGUAAUUCCAGCAUAGAGGCAUUUGCAGUUUGUGAAAACUACUCCCCUCCUGAAGGAUUCAAUCCGAAAGAUCUUCAUCGGCUACUUGAGAAAGUUGGAAGUCCAUCAGGGGUUGAGGAUACAGAUUGUGUUAGUGGGUGGUUGGAAGGCUCUAAUAAGGUGUAUAUCCCAUUUCUAGCUUGCGGGGAUCUCACUGGAUAUGACUCUGAUAGGUCAUAUCCACUACCUAAAGUUGUUGGAGGAACAUAUCAGAGCUUGGAUCCAGUACAACCACCUAUUGCCCCUCCUUACAAGAGGGCCCUAGAGUUAAAGAAAGCCUCAACUCAAGGAUUCAGAGAACUUGAAAAUCUCUCUUUGGAUUCCUGA